CUCGCCCUGUGCCGGGGCUCGGGCCCCGACGGCUGCGCCGUGAGAUGACUUUCCGCGACCUCCUGAGCGUCACUUUCGAAGGACCCCGCUCCAAUAGUAGCACUGGGGGCUCCAGCGCGGGCGGUGGAGCUGGCACGGCUGGACCCGAGGGCCCGGCGGUGGGCGGUGUGCCAGGGGCCACUGGCGGCGGCGCUGUGGUGGGAACCGGCAGCGGCGAGGACAAUCAGACCUCCACGGGAGAACCGGGGGCUGCGCCCGGCGGUGAGGUGAAUGGCUCAGCGGCCGUCGGGGGGCUGGUGGUGAGUGCACAGGGCGUAGGAGUGGGGGUCUUCCUAGCAGCCUUCAUCCUCACCGCUGUGGCGGGCAACCUGCUCGUCAUCCUCUCGGUGGCCUGCAACCGCCACCUGCAGACGGUCACCAAUUAUUUCAUCGUGAACCUGGCGGUGGCUGACCUACUGCUGAGUGCAGCGGUGCUGCCCUUCUCAGCCACUAUGGAGGUUCUCGGCUUCUGGGCCUUCGGCCGGACCUUCUGCGACAUCUGGGCCGCGGUGGACGUGCUGUGCUGUACUGCCUCCAUCCUUAGCCUCUGCACCAUCUCUGUGGACCGGUACGUGGGCGUGCGCCACUCGCUCAAGUACCCAGCCAUUAUGACAGAGCGCAAGGCCGCUGCCAUCCUGGCUCUGCUCUGGGCGGUGGCCCUGGUGGUGUCUGUGGGACCGCUGCUGGGCUGGAAGGAGCCCGUGCCCCCGGAUGAGCGUUUCUGCGGCAUCACCGAGGAAGUGGGCUAUGCUGUCUUCUCUUCCGUGUGCUCCUUCUACCUGCCCAUGGCAGUGAUCGUGGUCAUGUACUGCCGCGUGUAUGUGGUCGCGCGCAGCACCACGCGCAGCCUCGAGGCAGGCAUCAAGCGGGAGCCCGGCAAGGCCUCCUCCGAGGUGGUGCUGAGGAUCCACUGUCGAGGCGCAGGCACUAGCGCCAAAGGAACCCAUGGGACGCAGAGUAGUAAGGGCCACACCUUGCGCAGCUCGCUCUCGGUGAGGUUGCUCAAGUUUUCUCGGGAAAAGAAGGCUGCCAAGACGCUGGCCAUCGUCGUGGGUGUCUUCGUCCUGUGCUGGUUUCCCUUCUUCUUCGUCUUGCCGCUGGUUAAAAGCAACACAGCCAAAGGCUAGGACUGUUUCUUGAGGUCCAGAUCACAUCAUCUUCCAGGAGAUCCUCUCUAAGUCUCUGUGACCUCUGCCGCUUGUUGGCACGUGCUGCUCUUCCUCUGCCCCUAUCUCUCUGCUGCUGCUCCCACAUGGUAUAGGAGCCCUAGAGAUGUCUAUAUCUGGCUCCAGGAAGGGAUUACAUGGGCGUAUGAAUAUGCAAAGCUAUUAAGUUGUGUCUUUUAGAAUGUGCGUACCAGCUCAAACUCCUGGCAGAGCUUAAUCCUGGGGAGCUGGCAAUAAUGAACAAACAGGACAGAUGCGGAGCAAAGAAACAGAACAUCCCACUCUGCCCCACAUAGACUGAGGGCAAAGAGGAGGGUAGAGGCUGCUUUGGGAACGAGAGGGUGGCCUGGAGGCUGCUGAGGAGGGAUAGGGGCCAGGAGGCUUGUGAGGGAAGAGGCGCCCUUGAGCGAACGUUCUGAGUUGCAACACUUGGUGGAGGAUGUGGCCUUCAAGGGGCCAACCUGCUUUAGCUUGGAGGUGCUUGAAUUUGAGCACAGAGGUUGGGGAUGAGGAUGCUUGCGGGAGGGUGGGGUAUCGUCUCCCAGGAAGUAGCAGGAGAAGGGUGGGAGCCAGGGGAGUACCUGUUUAGAAAGAAGCAAAGAGAAGUGGGGAAAGGCAGCUGGGAGAGGAGCGGUGCAGCCGAGGAGCAUCGAGGCACAGCUGAGGUGCAGCCAAGGAAUAGCUGAGGUGCAGCAGAGCAACAGUGAGGUGCAGCUGAGGACCAUUGAGGCACAGCUGAGGUGCAGCUGAGGAAUAGCUGAGGUGCGGCCGAGCAACAGUGAGGUGCAGCUGAAGACCAUCGAGGCACAGCUGAGGUGCAGCUGCAGAGGUGGAAAACCUUCAGGUCCACGUGAGUGUGCCAGCUGUGACAAGCACCAAACACGGGGGUGCUGGGGAAGAGCAAGCGAUGUGUGUCCACAAAAGGCCAUGGUUAUAGAAAUGAAAAGAGCCACACGGCCACUCUCUGGGGGCCACAGUGCCCUCACUCACACCUCCCGUGUUCAGGAGACCCAGCUGCAAUGGAGAUGUAGCUGGUGAGCAGAAUCAGUGUGGGCUAGCAAGAGUGUUAAGGAAAAGUCUGGAAUCCCAGAGGAAUGCUAGCACGGAGGGCCAUAGACUGCUGCCUAUCAGCCCCCAACAUGCUGGCUGGUCAUAGUAGUUAUAACCUGAGCACUGGGGAGGCUGAAACAGCCCAUUUAGUGAGAUCCUGCCCCCCCAAAAAAGAGCGUUAUGCUUUUGGUCAAGCCAAAUGUUCUGUAAAGGAAGACCAACAAUAGGGUGUUCUGAAUUGUGAGGCCCCCUAAGGACAGAUGCAAGGCACACAAAAUCAUGAAGGGCCCACAUAAGCUAUAGAUCAUCUCAUUUACGUCUGCCUUACUUCCCCACGAGGAACAAGCAUGGAGGCAGGCAGAGACUACAUAACAGGAACCUCAGACAUCGCCUGUCUGGUACUACAUACAGCCCCAGGGAGCACAGGGAGCUGCUGGUGCCAGGGCCGUGUGUGGACACUUGCAGCCCUUGCCCUGGUGAGUGGCCACAGGCCUGUCUGCCCUCUUGCUCUAUCUGUUUCAUGCAUGACAGCACACUUACAGGACGGGCCUGAGCAGGGCAGUACUUCCUGUUCAGUCUCAGAGGCAUUCCAGAUCAGACUGGAAAGAAUACAGACAUACCCUGUGGGAGCUAUGGAGAAGAGAACUCUUGACAUCCCUGCCCAGGACAGACACAUUUCCUCUGGUCCUAAGCAAGCUGGCACAGGGCUGGAUGCCAUGAAAAAAAAAACUCAUAAGAAACUAUAUAAAUGGACGCUGGUCACAAGCAUCCUAAACUGUGGUGUGUAUGGGCAAGGACAGCCGUCAGACUACUACCUAGGACUUGUCUGGAAAACUUCAAGAUGGAAGAUGGCCAAUGUAAGGGUACCCUGCCGGAAGUGUACUGAUUAGAACUUCUGCCCCUGGGGCACACGGUGCAUGAGUCUGCUCAGCCCCAGAUAUCUAGUCUGAGUGUUUGGUAGCCUUUCCUGUAUGCCCUGUAUGCCCAAGGGAGACAAGGGACAGGGACCCUUGCCCCUCCUGAGCACCCAACUGCAGGAGAGCAGAUGUUCUCUUCAGGGAGCCUCCAAGGGCCGUGCCUCUCCUCAGUGCCUUUUUUUGUGUUUGGUUUUGAUGUACAUGGCAAGUGCCUCUCAAUGAGGCCCAGAAGUAGGGUUGCCCUUGAAGCCUGCACAUACAGGACCCAGCCUCACCCCUAGCCAUUCUGAUGACACUGACGGACCCUGGGUUUCCGUUUCCAGCUCUCUGGUUUCUGACCAGGUCACCAAGCAUCACUGGCUUCUGCAGCCAUUGUAUUUUUUGCAGUGAUGAGGACUGGACCCAAGCCAUGUGUUCCACCACUGAAUUACACCUCAAGUCCCAUCACUGUCCUCUGAAUGUCACCACCCAGGACAGCUUCAGAGGCUCUGACUGAAGUCCACACAGUCCAUCCAUGCCUCAUGACUCUAUUCCAGCCAUCUGGGAGCCAUAACUGGUCCUCUCUUUCAUAGCGCUGGCCUGUCUUUAUGGUACAGAGAACGUCUCUGACUCUCAGACUUAGUCCGUUGCCUUGCUCCAAUGCACCACGCUGUCAGGAUUCAAUGUGUAUCAUAGCUGAGGACACUUACCACAUAGCACAGUAGAGUAGCCAUGUUGGUGGGGUACCUAGGCUUGACAGACCUGGAAUGGGCAGUCUAUGAGAAAGCGGGUCCCGAGAUGAUGCCCAGGCAGGAGAAUGGAGAAAUAAACCAUUUGUUCAUAGACUAGACUACUAUACAGCAAGGAAAAAUAACAAGUGAAUUUUAUGGACUUUCUGCUGAGUGGAGUAAGCCAGCUUGGGAGCAUAAAGUGUGUUUACCAUAUGAUUCUACUAUGUGUACGACAUUCAAAAAUCGGCAAAAUCUAAUCAAUGAUAAAAAUGAAAACAGUGGUUACCUUUGUGCGCGUGAGAGAGUGGAGACAGUGAGUGCCAGCUGGAAGCAAGUGCUAGAACUUUCCGUGAUGCUCGGGGACAGAUGCAAGUGUUGUCAUCAUGGUAUACACUUAAGGCAUACACACUUACGUUAGUGUUUGCAAAUCCAAAAACCUGCUCUGUAUCUGUAAGCUCCUACCUUCCACAGAGCAGGCGCUCGGCGGACUUGUGCAGGGCAGGGAAGUGGAGAAACCCAUGUAUUUGCAUAUCCUGAUGCUGUGGGUCUGGGUGGCACAGAACAGCCCGGUGUUUUGCUUCAGUCCAGUCUAUUUUAUCAGAGUAUUACGGCAUUUUAUAAUAAAAUCUUAACUGUGCACACACUAUUAUUAACUUAGGAACAAUGCUGCACAGCCGGUCCCUAGCACUUGAUGAUCAUACCAGAUGGAAGUUUCAACAGCUCCUGUUCAGAAACUGAGGGCCCCAAAGAGACGUCUGUUCUCCGGCAUGGUUUCUAGGCAUCUGUGCUGUUGUGUGGUACCUUACAGGUUUUGUGCUUGGUCACAAACUGUCUCCCUUUGACAAGCCUUCAGGAUCCGAGUGUGUUCUUGCUCUCAGUCUACUGAGAGUUUCGGGCUCAGCUUGUACUUUCCAGCCCCAGGCCUGGCAUUCGCAAUUUCUCUUUUAUUGGGAAAUGACAAUUAAGAUACCACAAUGUGAGCUCUCAGCUGCUGACUGACGCCGCUAUCAUAGCUGCCGUCAGUUCUGGCUCGGGUUCAGGACAGAGCUAAGAAAUACAAUACCUUUAGAAAACCCCAAAACACUAACGAUGCCUGAGUAUUAGGGUCACAAGCUAUCUCCUCCAUUUCCAUCCCUAGUCUAGCCAUCCAUGUGGCACCAUUGUACUGAGGCUGGCCUAUGAUGGUACCUCAUCCUCCAGGCUAGACUGACGUUCCCUCUCCUCUGUCCUCUUAGAGCCAUGCUUGAGUCCCUGUGCCCACCUGCAUCCCCCACCCCUGCAUCCUCAGUGGAUCUGUGUCUUGAGUCCAUCUGCUCGGUCCUCCCUCUUUGGCUCCCAUUAUGGUGAGCUCAGCCUCAGUGUGGCUCUCACCUCCCUGUCUCCGAUUUUGCCUGCCAUGCCUGAGAGGCAGCCAAUCCCACGACUUAGCCCUUCAUUUGCUCUGAGCACUUUUAACUCCCUCUCACCCCUCACUGCUGGGAGUCUCAAAUCCAGAAUUGGGCCCACCGUUCUCCCAUGUGGUACAGCCGUGUGCUGAUGAAUACAUUCUCAUUGGCUCUGGGAUGGGACUGAUUUGUAGUAUCAGCCCAUUCCUGUGGUAUAAGUAUUCUCAACGUAAUCAAUGUCAAGUUAUGAAAAACACAACCACCCAGUUCACUAAAUUCCUGAGAAUGCAGUCAGCUCUCAAGAGCCAGUACAAACUACUUAGCUGAGCGUGCCAAAGAGGUAUCAACCUCUACGUAGUCAGCCCUCUGCCCAGGGACAGCCUCCGGGUGUUCUUGGGAGCCCUUGCAGGUUCCCUUCAGCUCUAAUUAUCCGAAGUUCUUUCCUUCCUAAGGGAGCUGCUUCUGUCAGCUCUCCAUACCUUCCAUCACCUUUCCUAUACACAGCACACGGUUCUGUCUAGAGCUGUGGUAACAAGUGUCCCGUCCCACCCCACCCCCCACCCCGCUCAGCAGGAUGGCCUCCUUUGCCCUCAUCCUUACCCUACCAUCUCCUUGGUAGCUUUCCUCCGUUAUAGCUACUUGUAAAAACGUCCCUUGUCACUUACUUCUUAAAGACUAUUCUGAUAUUGGCCCUCCUCUUCCAGCCAGCAGUGCCUGGCCCCACUCAGGGUAGCUCUUGCCGUCCUAGCCCCUCCCACUUUGGCGCUGUCGCCAAUGGCAACCCCAUAGUCACUCUCUAGGGUACUUUGGAGCCCUUUCAUCCUCUCCUGUUAUGUCAGCCUUCCCUCCUGGACUCUCGCCAUCCCUCAGGUCUUACCCUGCAUGCACACUUCUCUGGUGGUACCCUCAGCCUCCUUAGGGGGCCCUUCCCCCCCCCCCCGAUCCCCGUUUAAUUUCAGGUCCAUAUUCCAGACCCUCAAACCGUAUUAAUUUCCUAUCUUGCUGUAACAAAUGACCAUUGAUUUAGUGGCUUACAACAAUGAAUCAUCUUCUGGGGAUGAAGGUCAUAAGUCCUCAAAUCAGGUCCUGGCUAGCUGUCUCCCUAGGGGAUCUAGGGGAAAGAUGUUCCCUGACCUUCCGCAGUCCCUGAGAGACAGCUCUGGUCCCUCCUCCGUGCAGAAGUGUCCACCAUCACAUCACCAUCUGACUCUCACCCUCUGCUUGGGCCCUUGUGAGACUACCUUGUGCCGAUCCGGCUUACUUGCAUUAGCCAUGGAAGGUCUGGACAGCCCAGGGGCCCUUAUUCCAUCUGCUGCACUCCCACACCCUGACGUACCAGCUUCCCUUCCUGGGCUCCCCUUUCCACUCCCCUGACUCUGCUACUUACCAUCUUCCCACACGGCAAGAGGCAUCUCUGCAUCCUCUGGUGCUCGCAGCCUGAGCUUUAUCCUCAGUCCUUCUUCCACACCCCAGCCAGCCACUCUGCCCACUGAGCAUCUCUCUCUUCAGCCUGUCUCAUUUUCCCAUUCCCACUGCCCUGCCUAAGCAAAUCAGCCGAUGAAUGUCACAGGUCCCCUGUGCUGGCCACCAUCACCUUCCUAGCAGGAGCUGGCCGCUGACCAUCCUAACAGGGCCACGAUGCCAAUGCUAUCAGCUAUGAGAGAAAAUUGACACAGAGAGGCUGAGUAACAUGAUCCAAGUUCCCACCUCACUUGGUGUAAGGUCUGACAUUGGAACCCAGGCACUUUGGCCCCCAGCAUCCUUGUUAUUGCUUGCCUGGAUGAAAGACUGGACUGGGCUAGGGUAAGAUGUCAGUCGGGAACCAUAUUUUCGGUUUUAAAUAUCACCCAGACCCUCGGUCCCUACACAGAUCUCCCAGGCUCUUUGUCAGAUGUCCUUCUGCACUGACUGCUCAUCAUGAGGAAGGCCUGAGCAUGUCAUAGGUCAUGGCUUCUUCCUGAGUGGCCUGGGCUCUGCCAGACAAAAGCUGAGAGCCCAUGGUCCCUGAGCUAAGCCCUGGGCAAGUGGAAGAUUUGCCUUCCUCACUCUGAUGACCCAGAACAGACGUUGGCCCUGUGAUUGGACGGCGUCCAGGCUGCUCAGCACGGGGACUCCCAUCCAUGGUGCCCACUGCCAGGGGGAGCCUUCUGUCCUGGGCAGAAGCUUCUAUCCUGCACAGCCCCAGGAGCACUGUCAGCACAGUCCAGAGGGGCUCCUGCUUGGAGUAAGUCUAGUUUGGCUAAGCGCAGGAGCCACUGGACAGAUGUGCAGCCCCAGCCACCCGACUGUCCGAGGCCACAGAUUGGAGCAGGGCAGAUCAUUAAGGAAGUGUUACAGAGGGGGAAAGGGAGGGAAGAGAGUGGGAAUGUGGGGAGAUAGGAAGAAGGAUAAAAAAGAGUUGAUGAUAUGAUAGGACCCGGGGCAGAGCUAGAGGGAUCCAGAGAAGGAGAGCCUGGAGUUCAUAUCCAUAACAUACUCUGAGAGCUGCCCUGCCGUUCCAUGUCCCUCAACCCAUAAUGGAGGCCAAGGUUCUCUGCCAGCUUCAGGGAGCCCAACAGUCCUGAGGCCGGCAAUCCUGGGGCCCAGAAGAACAUCGGACCCAUUCCUGAUGUAUCUCAAGCAAGAAGACUCUGCCAGUGGCCCUUCCCCAAGGAAACUGGCAAUGCCCCCAAUAUGCCCUGCCAUGUCCUCUUAAUCUAUAUGGAGUCCAGAGCUUACCCAGGUCACGUCUUCCUGACAGCCCUCCCAUGAUUCUUUCCAAUUCAAAGUAGCCUUGUUUCUUCUCAUGCUCCCCUCACUCACUCUCCUCUUCAGCUCUCUGAACUCCCUGGCUUCUUCUCCAAAGUAUCAGGGAUUCUUGCUGCUUCCGGACCUUUGCUCACGCUCUUGCUUCCACCCAGAAUCUAUUUCCCAAGACACACACACACACACACACACACACCACGGUUCUCCUUAUAGGUCCUCAGUUCAAGUACUGUAUCAGAGAGGUUUUCUGGCUGUGCAAGGGACAGAGGUCCAGAGUCCCCUGGGGAGGAGGGACAAUGAACACCAGUGUAAGAGCCACUAAAUGGCCAGCUGGAGAGCUGGGACAUAGGGGUUAUCAGGGGUUUGCAUUCCUUCUCUCCCGACCCUGCUGGUGGGAGGAGGCAUGAGGACCAGAAGAUGGCGGAAUUUUAGCUCCUAGUAUCUCUCUCGGCCACAGGAAUAGCAUGCUAUCGACAGAGGUCACUAGUGGGGGAAGGGCAAAAGGCAGGGGGUGGGGGACACAGUCUGAUACUUCAUGGCCAGCUACAACUUCUGCUCGGGGCUGGCUGUGAAUUCUGACAGCCUGCCAAGGACAUGCUCCUUUCUGGGGAUGCCAGAAGAGACUGUUAAUCACAGAGCCUGCCUCUCGGCCUCAGAGCUGUCCAUCCUCCUCAGGGCUUGGCCUAUUUGCUCCUGUCCCUCUCUCAGCUCCUCCUUAGCCUGCCCUUCUGCUCCUUGGGAAAUAACACUGGCUGGGAUAAACCAGGCUGCAAAGAGGCCACCACCCCCCAGCCCCCCCCCAACCCCCACCUUCUCUUCCCCAAUGUGUGCCCAGCUGGGCCAGCCAGCAGGGUUUACCUGCUGACCAGGCCCCUUUCUGGCCAGCAGUGGCCACAUUGCAGGACACUAAGCUAGACCUCUUACACCACAUCAGUGUUAGUCAGCAUUGCCAUCUCCGUGAGGAAUCCUGAGACAGCUCAGUGAAAAAGAGAAAGCUUUCUUUUGGGUCACUGUUUGGAAGGCUGCAGUCUGUGAUUGGCUGGCCCAUUGUUUGGGGCAUGUGGCGAGGCAGCAUGUCAGGGAAGCAGUGAGUAGCUGGGAAACAGAAGAGGAGCCACACUCCCAGUGACCUGAAAUCCUCUAGCUAGUCCCCCACUUCUUAGCCGUUCCACCACCUCCCAGUAGCUGCGUGGACGGGGGAGCACGCCUUCAACACAUGGGCCUUCCGGGGAACUAACAACCCUCUUGCAGGACUUCCGGAAGGCAAGUGGGUACAACCGAGCCAAAUGGAUGGAAACUGAGCGGAGGUGAGAGGUGAGGAACGAGAGGGAGGCCCGAGGAGGAGGACCUGCUUGGGGCUAAACGUGAACUCGGAGGAAGGCAAGACAAAGGUCGCUCUACGUCUCCCUGUGUUAGCGGAGCUGUAGCGUGUUCUUAGAGCUGUGGAUGCCGCUGAGAAGGGUCAGAGGAAAGGAGAGAAACCAUUUUAAAGAAAAAGCCUCCCUGAAGCUGUGUGCAGAUUGGAGGGGACAGGUGGAGGCUGGAGGCUGUCGGGGAUGCUGCAGCCGUCUAAGCAAAAUGAGAUGAAGAGAGGCACCAGGCUCCAGGAGCCAGGUGGAGGGCCCACCUGCUAGAAGGGGAGCCAGGCAUGGUUAGAUGUGUGGGAUAGACUCCUUCAGCGGGGCCAAGCAGAGGAGACAGAAGUCACGUCCUGGAGUCACCGGCCCAGGGUGGAAGGGGAUGAGGGAUAGAGAAGCUGAAUUGUGACUCCAGCAGGAUUGGAGAAGGCAGUCAGCACUGGAACACAAUAGUGCUAGGUGACAAGUAAGCAGAGUGGAGACAUCCAGUUAGGUGUAGAGUCUGGGCGGCCUUGCUGCAGAGGCGGUGGAAGAAGAGUCUGGGGGAAAGCUGAGGUCCGUGUGGGUGAGGGUGUGGGUGAGGGUGUGGGU